ACACCGCCGUCAUACGCCGAGCCCCACCCCGCCCGCCAGCCCGAACCGUACGCAGACAGACCGUCCGUCGUCGCUGUCGCGUCGCGCACACAAAACCGUUGCCGUCGAGCGACGGCGCCCGCGCUCGUCCAUCGCAACGCGCGCGCGCGCUCGCCCCCCGUCCGCGGGGCAGCAUCAUCGGGGCACCACCAGCGGGAGGGCAAGAACGUCAAGCCAGCAGCCGCCGCCGCCGCCGCCGACCAACCAACGACAGCGGUGUCGUCGUCGUCGUCGUCGUCGUCGCUGCCGUCGUGUACGCUUCGCGCGCGCAGUGUCCCUCUGGCCGCCGUCGUCGUCGUUGUCCGCGUCGCCUUCGUGUCCACGUCGUCGUUUCCGAAUCUCGUCCAACCGACGUCGCGUGUGCCGUCGUCGCGUGUGGCGGGCGCGCCACCCGCUCGCUCAUCGUCCGUUCUACCGUGCAGCAGAUGAGCGUAGCCUGCCGACGACGCUGAUAACCCUUUUUCGCGCAGACAUGUGCUCGUGCCGCCGUGGUCUGUGCCGGCCCGAGAGUCUGCCGCUGCUGCUUACCGCCACGGUCGACGUCUGCACCGGAUAUCCGGAUCGACGAUCUGACGGUCCGCUGUGUUGUUGAACGAGCGAUCAGGUCGUGUCGCCAUCACUCGGUGGUACUAAAUAUACCGUUACGCACCAACACUCGAUAAGACCUACGGCCGUUUUUCCGUCCAAGCACGUAAUGUGUGGUGUAUACUAUAGACAGCGCCGCAGUGUACAGCGAUGACAGGUUGAUGACCAAUGCGCUGUGACGGAUUCGGCGGAAGGAGCUGGCCAUCGUCUGGCGGCGGUACGCGCUGAUGUCCGGCCGCAGAUGGGAUGGAGGCGACGGCCGCGGGAUAGAGUCCGAGGAGGAGGAGGCCGGUGUCGGCCUCAUGUCCGGCGUGCACGUCGCCGUCCGUCACCGACGGGACGUCGUCGUCGAGGAGGAGGAGGAGGAGUCGUCGUUCGGCGGCCGGGCGACCGUUGGUUACGGCGGCGGUUCAGGUGGUUGUGGCCGCGGUGGAAGUGGCGUUAGCGGCGUCGGCGGCAGUGGUGGUGGGUGUCCCGGGCCGUCAUCGUCGUCGUCGUCCACGUGCUGCCCUAACAAUCGGACGUCCGGCGCCAAACAUGUUCUCGUUUGGAACCAGCCGGAACUAGAAGAUCUGACGGCCGCGGACAACCACAACGGGUACAGUCACCGGCCCGUGCCGGCCAAAGCAUGGAUCGGUUCCCGUCACAUCGUUACGUUCAUGUUGUUCCUCGGCAUGGCCAACGCUUACAUAAUGAGGACUAACAUGUCCGUGGCCAUAGUGGCCAUGGUCAAUCAGACGGCGCUGGAAAGGGACCCGACCAUUCCGGACGACGAAUGUGAGGGUUACUACACGCCCAUCGGGAACACAACCGUACACAGCAUGUCCAACGAAGGAUCAUUCUUGUGGAGCACGUCCCAACAGGGCUAUGUACUCAGUUCGUUCUUCUACGGCUACGUCAUAACGCAGAUACCAUUUGGGAUUCUGUCGAAGAAGUAUGGCGCCAAAUAUUUCCUUGGCGUCGGUAUGCUCAUAAAUUCGGUGUUCGGCUUCUUGGUGCCGUUGUCUGCCAACUUUGGCAUUUUUUCCCUGAUCACCAUACGUUUCAUUCAGGGACUUGGAGAAGGUCCCAUAGUUCCUUGUACUCACGCCUUGCUCGCAAAAUGGAUCCCUCCGAACGAGAGAAGCCGAAUGGGAGCAUUCGUUUAUGCAGGGGCACAAUUCGGCACAGUGAUUUCCAUGCCACUGAGUGGCGUGCUCUCAGAGUAUGGAUUUGCCGGAGGAUGGCCAUCGAUAUUCUACGUGUUCGGUGCAAUCGGCACCCUGUGGUCCGUCGCAUUUUUGUGGCUUGUGCAUGAGGACCCCGAAUCUCAUCCCACCAUACCGCAUGACGAGAGGAAAUAUAUUAUUAGUUCCGUUUGGGGAGCUGCUGGUGUGUCUUCUCCCCCCGUGCCGUGGAGAAGCAUAUUAAAGUCGGCUCCGUUCUGGGCCAUAUUGGUCGCUCACAUGGGUCAAAAUUACGGAUACGAAACGCUCAUGACYGAGCUGCCGACUUUCAUGAAACAAGUGUUGCACUUCAAUAUAAAAGCUAACGGAACGUACUCAUCACUGCCGUACCUAGCCAUGUGGGUGUUCUCGAUGGUGGCCAGCCAUAUAGCCGACAUGAUGAUCUCCUCGGAGAGGUUCACGCACACUCUCACGCGCAAAAUCGUCAACUCUAUCGGUCAAUUCGGUCCAGCGAUAGCGCUGAUCGCGGCGUCCUACACGGGCUGUGACCCGUACCUGACUGUGGCCAUACUGACAGUGGGCGUUGGUCUCAACGGCGCCAUUUACUCGGGAUUCAAAGUCAACCAUCUGGACAUUUCACCGCGGUUCGCCGGAAUACUGAUGAGCCUCACCAAUUGUCUGGCCAACUUGGCCGGUCUGCUGGCCCCGAUCGUCGCCGGCUACGUUAUUGACAAAAGGCUGAACUCGAACACAAUGUUACCAUUAGAAUAA